AGAAAGUGACCCUUCUUCACGGUUAUAGUUCGGCUUGACAAAUUGCUCGUUCUCUCUACUGUCUCCUCUCUACAGAAAUAUGGUCCUACAGCCGUGGAAACAUAAAACCCGAAUUUCAUAACCCAAGAACCUUUGUCAUGUACAAUGAUGGUGUUGCCUGUUUAAAUUCAUCAUAGGAAUAGUACUGUAAUAGAAACUUUUUUCUAGUCACCCUUUGAUGACUUCUUUUGGAAAUUAGACUGUACUUUAGUUGAAGAUGGCGUACUUGUGUUUUAUAAUAUGCGUUUUACUUCAAGGAAUUUUUGUACUAUCAAGAGGUUGUGAACUGCCCUGCAAUAAUUUUCAAUUCCAAUGUAAAAAUUGUCGAUGUAUCUUGGAGUCAGAUAAAUGCAAUCACAUUAAUGACUGCGGCGACAACUCUGAUGAAAUGGACAAAUGCUCAUAUAAGCCCUGCAUGGGGGAUCAGAUGACCUGUGAUAAUUAUAAGUGUGUGAACCAGUCCAGUGUGUGUGAUGGAAAAGAUGAUUGUGGAGAUUUUUCUGAUGAAAAAGGUUGUGGUAAUGAGGAAUGUGGUCCCCAGGAAUGGCAAUGUACAGAGUCCAAACAAUGUAUACCCAUCACCAAACUCUGCAGCCAGUCCCUCGACUGUCAGAAGGGGGAGGACGAAGGACCCACCUGCAGUAAGUUAACACACACUGACAUCUACUUUGUUUAUACAUUGUUUGACCUUGAUUGAAUCCAUGAACCUUGGUGAGUAUAUGAAUACAACAACACAGUGUAAUGUAGCUUAUGGUUGUAGUAACUACCCCCUCCCAUCCCCCCCCCCCUCCCCCCAAAGGAGAAAAAUAAAAGAAAACAAAAAUAUGAUUUGGAAAAAUGUUUGUCAUAUGUUUACUACUACCAUAUGCCACCUAUUCUAGCAGCACAGCUUAUAUACCCCCUUUUUAUAUUCCUGUCAUAGAUGGAUCAUGGUACAUGUAUGGUAUCCAUCUGUCUGCCUGUUGGUCUGUCAGCACAUUGUGGGUUAGAUAGAAUUAGUACCUAUAAAGCUGGAAUCAUCAAACUUGGCAUACAUGUUUCCAAUU